CGUAACUCCGGCCUUAGGAAAAAAAGGACUGUGCAUAGUGGAGUCACCAGAGUAGGGGUAAGCAUUAAGCAGUGACGGAAUGAAUUCUGGAGCAGUGUUAGGCUACGAUGAUGGAAUAGCCGAAGAAUCGGCGGCGACAUCAUCUGAUCCAGAGAUGGCGAGUUGGAUCAAGAUCCAAGAUUCUCUAAAGAAGAGAUUGAUCACGGGGGAUGAUUUCGAUUGGACACCGCCGAGAAGCAAUCCGCCGUCGACGGCGGCGGAACAUACCAGCGAACCACCAGAGGAAGAAUUAGAAGGAUCAGGAGCGGAGCAAUUGAGGUACGUCGGUGGGUUUGACGUGAGCUACUCCAAAGAAGAUCCGUCAAUGGCGUGUGGUCUUCUCGUGGUUUUAGAUCUCCGAAACCUGCAAGUUGUGUAUGAGGACUUCUGCAUCGUUGACCUUCGAGUUCCUUAUGUACCUGGGUUUCUUGCCUUUCGGGAGGCCCCAAUAAUUCUGCAGUUGCUUGAGAAGAUGAAGAAGAGUGACAUUAGGUUAUACCCUCAGUUACUGAUGGUUGACGGCAAUGGGUUGCUUCAUCCAAGAGGUUUCGGCUCAGCUUGCCAUGUGGGAGUGCUGUCUGAUCUACCAACCAUUGGUAUUGGGAAGAAUCUGCACCAUGUUGAUGGGCUUACCCUAUCUGGAGUGAGGCAAUUACUUCAAGCUGAAGAGAACAACGACAGGGACUACAUCACUCUAAGUGGAUACUCUGGAUGUACUUGGGGAGUGGCAAUGAGAUCUUCAGCUGGCGCUAUGAAGCCAAUCUUCAUUUCAGUUGGCCAUCGCAUUUCCCUUGAAACUGCAGUCAAGAUCGUCAAAUUGACUUGCAAGUACCGCAUGCCAGAACCUAUACGACAGGCUGAUAUAAGAUCGAGGGCGCACCUAAGGAAGCAAGACUGAUUGGAACAUUGUGAUAUGGCAGUUGUAUAGAUUUGGUUAGGUGCAGCAUUCUUAUGGGUUUCGGUGUAUCUUGAUCGCCUAUAACAUACACUCUCGGUGCUUGAGACAGACUAUUCCACCCCUCUUUUUUGGAUGGCAUACAUCUGUAGAUGGUUGGGACUGGAGAAGCGAGAGCCAACAACUAACAAGAGCGCAUAACAUAUCAUUCACAGUUCUUGACCAAAAAUGAUUUUAAGGAUCCAUUUGCUGAUUUUCUUAAAGUUCAUAGAACUCUAUUGCAUUGCAUUUUCCAAACUUGAAAUUGAUAUCGUGAAGUGAAUUAAUCUGAAUUUUGGUC